UUAAUCAUUUUUUAUAUAAUUUACCGUCGAAUCUCACGUAUUCGACGAGUUGCAUUGUUAUUAUCGAUGGCAAAACGCCAUCUCCCAUAAUUCCGCGCUGCCUCUUGUUGUCCCCUCUGCUACUACUUCCUGCUGCCUUGCGCAAGCUCACAUCGGAGUAGAAUGCGGAUUUCGAAGCUAAUACGAAUAGCUAGCCCCUAAGCUAAAAACAAGCUUUUUGUUGUCGGGCGUUAAACUGGGGGAAAAUGUCCAAAACACAGCCGCAGCCCCCGUCGGCUUCGGCGGUGACCACCACCGGGGGUCCCUCUUCUUCCUCCUCGUCCUCGCCCGCGGGGGGCUCGACAUCUCCCGCAACCGUGUUGAACGUACAGCCCGAGAAACCUCAACAUUACACAUAUCUGAAGGAGUUCAGGACAGAGCAGUGCCCCCUGUUCGUGCAGCAUAAAUGCACACAACACCGGCCUUUCUCCUGCUUCCACUGGCACUUCCUGAACCAGAGGCGCCGCAGGCCCAUCCGCAGACGGGACGGGACGUUCAACUACAGCCCAGAUGUUUACUGCACCAAAUAUGAUGAGGGAACAGGCACCUGUCCUGAUGGAGACGA